AUUGGCUGCCAACCUACGUGCAUAAGAAAGAAAGAGAGAGGCAGGCAGGGCAGCAUUGUUAUCUUAAGACACUCAUCUGGUGUCUGAGUCUGCAGGUGACACUGCUUAGGUACGGAGUGCAGAGUCGGAGCAGGGACGCGCUGGGUUGCAGCUCUGGGAUGCGAUCCGCCUGCCUCGCAAGCCGCUCGCUGCUGUGCUGGCAGCGCCUACGCUGAGCUCUGAGGAUCCCGUUAGGACUUGCCCAGGGAUGUGCACCUGCUGUGCGCUCUGAGGUCAGGAGCAGGUCUGCAGGCAGCAGAGGGAGCGGUGAAGCCAGAGGACCUGUCUCUGCCCAUGUGCAAGGCAGUGAUUUCGGGUGAGAGAAGGGGUAGGUGAGUGUCUUUAGAGUUGGAAAGAAGGCAAAAUCUUGGGUUUCUCCUCUGCGGAGGGACAGGGGACUCCCGCAGUUGGGUUUUACACUUUCCUUACCUCUCCCACCCCGUGUGCUCCCGGGCCCCGGUGCUGAAGCCCCACUUCAAAGAUUCUGUGGGAGAACGGGAUCCUUGCUGCUCAGCGGGAAGGCAGCAGGCAAAUGGUCUAACGUUGGCGGCGGUGGCGGCGGCGGCGGUACCGACAGUAAAGCGGGGAGCAAGAGAAUUUGAAAAGAGACAUCCGCUCCCUCUCACACGCUGAGGGGGAGGCAUUCGCGUUUCCCCAAAUGAGAAAGAGCCACAAGAAAUCAUGAAGUAAAAACUUUGGAAAGCUGCCACUGGAGAUGUUGCACAAAAACCUGGAAUCUUUUAGGAGUCUCCUCCCAGUCGUUGAAGGUUUGGGGAGCAGCUGAUACAGCAAGGAGGGCUCUUGCAAGGAUUCAAGCUCUGAACCCUGGAGGAGCAGCACGGAGCGGGAGAGUGUGGCGAGAGAAUGAAGAAACCAACCGCCCGGGAGAAGCAUGAGGUGGCAGUGUGGCACUCGCUUUAGAGGGCUUCGGCCGGCGGCGGCCCCAUGGACAGCUCUGCUGGCACUGGGCCUGCCUGGCUGGGUGUUGGCUGUCUCAGCCACGGCGGCUGCAGUGGGCCCCGAGCAGCAUGCCUCUGCGGCUGGCCAGCACCCCCUGGACUGGCUGCUUACAGACCGGGGCCCCUUCCACCGCGCUCAGGAGUAUGCUGACUUCAUGGAGCGGUACCGCCAGGGUUUCACCACCAGGUACAGGAUCUAUAGGGAGUUUGCCCGUUGGAAGGUGAAUAACUUGGCUCUAGAAAGGAAGGAUUUCUUCAGUUUGCCAUUGCCUCUUGCCCCAGAGUUUAUCCGGAACAUUCGCCUCCUUGGAAGGAGACCCAAUCUGCAACAGGUUACGGAAAACCUGAUAAAAAAGUACGGCACUCAUUUCUUACUUUCUGCCACUCUUGGAGGAGAGGAGUCCCUGACCAUUUUUGUGGACAAGCGGAAACUGGGCAGAAAGACAGAGACAACAGGAGGUGCCUCUAUAAUUGGGGGCAGUGGGAACAGCUCAGCUGUGUCCCUGGAGACUCUGCACCAGCUGGCCGCCUCCUACUUCAUCGACAGAGAGAGCACACUGCGUCGGCUGCACCAUAUCCAGAUAGCCACGGGGGCCAUCAAGGUCACCGAGACCAGGACCGGUCCUCUGGGCUGCAGCAACUAUGACAAUCUGGACUCAGUCAGUUCUGUCCUGGUACAGAGUCCGGAGAACAAAGUACAGUUACUUGGCCUUCAGGUGCUGCUGCCUGAGUACCUGCGUGAGCGCUUUGUAGCCGCGGCACUCAGCUACAUCACGUGCAGCUCUGAGGGUGAGCUUGUCUGCAAGGAGAAUGACUGCUGGUGCAAGUGCAGCCCCACAUUCCCUGAAUGCAACUGCCCUGAUGCUGACAUCCAGGCCAUGGAGGACAGCCUGCUGCAGAUCCAGGACUCCUGGGCCACUCACAACCGGCAGUUUGAGGAGUCAGAAGAGUUCCAGGCCCUGCUGAAAAGGCUACCCGAUGACCGGUUCCUGAACUCCACAGCCAUCUCCCAGUUCUGGGCCAUGGACACAAGCCUUCAGCACCGCUAUCAGCAGCUGGGAGCUAGCUUGAAAGUGCUGUUCAAAAAGACCCAUCGGAUCAUCCGCCGGCUCUUCAACCUCUGCAAGCGCUGCCAUCGGCAGCCUCGCUUCCGCCUGCCCAAGGAGAGGUCCUUGUCCUACUGGUGGAACCGAAUCCAGUCCCUCCUCUACUGUGGGGAAAGCACCUUUCCUGGCACUUUCUUGGAACAGAGCCACAGCUGCACCUGCCCCUAUGACCAGUCUUCCUGCCAGGGCCCCAUUCCAUGUGCCUUGGGCGAAGGGCCGGCGUGUGCUCGCUGUGCUCCGGACAACAGCACACGCUGCGGGAACUGCAACCCGGGCUACGUGCUGGCCCAGGGGCUGUGCCGGCCAGAGGUGGCCGAGUCCCUGGAGAACUUUCUCGGGCUGGAGACAGACCUGCAGGACCUGGAGCUGAAGUAUCUGCUGCAGAAGCAGGAUAGCCGCAUUGAGGUGCACUCCAUCUUCAUCAGCAAUGACAUGCGGCUGGGCAGCUGGUUUGACCCUUCCUGGAGGAAGCGCAUGCUGCUCACCCUGAAGAGCAACAAGUACAAGCCUGGGCUGGUGCACGUGAUGUUGGCCUUGUCCUUGCAGAUCUGUCUCACCAAGAACAGCACCCUGGAGCCUGUCAUGGCCAUCUACGUCAACCCCUUUGGGGGCAGCCACUCUGAGAGCUGGUUCAUGCCUGUGAACGAGGGCAGCUUUCCUGACUGGGAAAGGACUAACGUGGAUGCGGCUGCCCAGUGCCAAAACUGGACUAUCACCUUGGGGAAUAGGUGGAAGACUUUCUUUGAGACAGUUCAUGUUUACCUACGGAGCCGAAUCAAGUCCCUGGAUGACAGCUCCAAUGAGACAAUCUACUACGAGCCCCUGGAGAUGACUGAUCCCUCUAAGAAUCUGGGCUACAUGAAAAUUAAUACCUUGCAGGUCUUUGGCUACAGCCUACCCUUUGACCCGGAUGCCAUCCGGGACCUGAUUCUACAGUUGGACUACCCGUAUACUCAAGGUUCCCAGGACUCUGCACUCUUGCAGCUCAUUGAGCUCAGGGACCGGGUGAACCAGCUUUCUCCACCUGGCAAAGUCCGACUUGACCUUUUCUCCUGCUUGCUCCGGCAUCGGCUCAAGCUGGCCAACAACGAGGUGGGCAGGAUCCAGUCCUCCCUGAGGGCUUUCAAUUCUAAGCUGCCAAACCCUGUGGAAUAUGAGACCGGCAAACUCUGUAGCUAAUGGGAGGCCCAUUUAAGCAUAGGGCAAGGAGGGGAUCCAUGAAUCUGGGGUACAAAGAUAAUCCAAGCCCUCACCUUAGUGCCAACAGGGUGUGCUCCCACGAGACUUUCAGCAUCCAGCAGCUGGGACCUCGAGGCUGGGGACUGAAGCAGGCGAGAGAGAAAUAGCUACUGUGUGCAUGCGCGUGCGCGCGCGCACACACACACACACACACACACUCACACACACACAGGCACACAGGCACAGGGAGGCUACGACUUAGCAGCCUCAGCUCUGUAAAGUUGAUCAGUGCUUUCUAAAAUGAAUGCAGUUGAAUGAAGGAGCCAAGGAAGAGAUGAAGAAAAAGAACCAGCUGAACCAUGAAACAAACAAAAAGUCCUUAAAAGUGAUGCUUGUCAUUCAAGAAAGAGGGGACAACAAUGGGAGGGGUCGGAGCUCUUCCUCUCCCUCUGUGGAGUCACUUUUGUAUUCUUUUUAACCAGAUUUCUUAAAAUGUUGUUGUUUUGUGAAUCCUGACAUUGGUUCUUACUUUUGUAUGCUGCCUCCUCUGUGCCCUCCCAGACGCUGACUGGGAGAAACAUGAGAAGUUCAACCAACAGAGGAACCCGCGCCAAGGGCAGGCAGUGGCCUCCUUGCUCCCCUCCCUCACUCCUCCCUCUCUGCUGCCUCUUUCCCCCACCAAGUAUCAGGGCCUUGGAUUGUUCCCAGUUCCCCUUGUGGUCCGUUCAGAGCUCCUUUUCCAGCAGCAUCUCUCUGUCCAAGAAAGCAGCCCUGUCAAGUUAGAGAGAGACAAUGUGUAGGAAAUUGUUCUUUUUUAAAAAAAAAAUAACAAAAACAAAACAAAAUUAUUUAUUUUGUGAUUGUUUUCCUUGUCAAUCUGCUCCAGCCACCUGAACAUCUAAGUAAACAUUUACCUGGUUUGAUAUA